AGAAGGAAACAGUUUUCCUUAGUGUCAGGAGUUGAAUAAUCCUGAAUGCCUAUCUGUGGAUGAGGUCCUCACAUGGACUUUGGAACUGACCUACAUGGUUAAGUUUCUGAACACACUUAUUGCACACACAGACGAGUGUCAGACCGCUGCAGUCACUUCUCUCCAGUCUGCACAAACUCUGGCUUCUUUUCUUUAAUUGACUUGAAAGAGUCUCUCAGUUGUGCACAGCAGGGAUGGCAGAACCCAGCAGGAUCUUGAUAAAAGGAGGUAAAGUUGUGAAUGAAGACUGCUCCGUGAUCAGCGACGUCUACAUUGAAAAUGGGAAAAUAGUAGAAGUUGGGCUGAAUCUUAAGAUCCCAGCGGAAGUGCGAGUCAUCGAUGCCACAGAUAAACUGGUCAUCCCCGGCGGCAUCGACACGCACACACACAUGGAGUUUGAAUUCAUGGGCACCACAGCUGUGGACGACUUCUAUAUCGGUACCAAGGCUGCUCUGGCAGGAGGGACCACAAUGAUUAUUGACUUUGUCAUCCCCCAAAAAAGCAAGUCACUCUUGGAGGCCUACAACUGCUGGCGGAAGAAAGCUGACCCCAAAGUCUGCUGCGACUACUCGCUGCAUGUCGCUGUCACAUGGUGGAGUGACAAGGUCAAAGAAGAGAUGGAGACACUCGCCAAAGAGAAGGGGGUCAAUUCCUUUAAGAUGUUUAUGGCCUAUAAAGAUGUGUUCAUGCUGCAGGACUGUGAGUUAUACGCUGCCUUCUCCCAGUGUAAGAAGAUCGGUGCUAUAGCUCAGGUGCACGCUGAGAAUGGAGACCUGAUUGCAGAGGGGGCUAAGAAGAUGCUGUCCCUGGGCAUCACGGGGCCAGAGGGCCAUGAGAUGUGUCGACCAGAGGAGGUGGAGGCCGAAGCCACCCAGCGAGCCAUCACCAUCGCCAGUGCGGUCAACUGCCCCCUGUAUGUGGUGCAUGUCAUGAGCAAAUCUGCUGCCAAGGUGUUGUCCAAUGCACGCAGAGAUGGGCACGUGGUAUUCGGGGAGCCUAUUGCAGCUGGUUUGGGCAUUGACGGUACUCACUACUGGCACCAGGAAUGGGCCCAUGCUGCUGGCUUCGUCAUGGGUCCUCCCCUCAGACCUGACCCCAGCACCCCUGGGUACCUCAUGGACCUACUGGCCAACGAUGAUCUCAGUGUGACGGGGACGGACAACUGCACCUUCUCUGUGUGCCAGAAGGCUCUCGGCAAAGACGACUUCACCAAGAUCCCAAAUGGAGUGAAUGGAGUGGAGGAUAGGAUGUCUGUCAUCUGGGAGAAAGGAGUGCACAGCGGCAAAAUGGACGAGAAUCGAUUUGUAGCUGUCACCAGCAGCAACGCAGCAAAAAUCUUCAACUUCUACCCACAGAAAGGCCGUAUCGCCAAGAACUCGGAUGCUGACGUGGUUAUUUGGGACCCCAAGAUGACAAGGAAGAUAUCAGCUAAGACUCACCACCAGGCUCUGGACUACAACAUCUUCGAGGGCAUGGAGUGCCAUGGUGUCCCUAUCGUCACCAUCUCCAGAGGCAAAGUGGUCUAUGAGCAUGGCCAGCUGAACGCCUCAGCAGGGCAUGGCAAAUUCAUCCACAGAGAACCCUUCUCUGAAUAUGUUUACAAAAGAGUCAAGCAGAGGGAUCAGGUGGGGCAACCUACAGCUGUGAUCAGAAAGCCCUAUGACGGCAAAGUCAUUUCUGUAUGAACAACUGUCCUGGAACAUGAAAGGCACUUUGAUUCUCCAGCUGUGUGUCUCCAGUACAAUCCAGAAGCUACCAAAGCCAAAGCAGUGCUGCAUGCUGAAUGCUGUCUCGCUAAUUAACCUGCUCUGAGUUAUCUCUCUCAAAAUAUUUCUGCAAGUCAUAUAUACAUUAUUCAGUCAUUUAAAUCACUGUGUGUAGUGGAGGCAAUGAUGUUGGCGUUAAGGUCAACUCUGAUUAACACUUAGGUCAAUGUGCUGUUGGCAGAUAAUACCUUUGUUAUAUUUGUUUAACUGUAUGAGGUUUCCAGGCCAGCUGCGCUCAGUACACAGGUUGGUAGAACACACUGUGCUGAGGAAAAUUAUAUUUGCGCUAACAUGCAUUAUGCAAUCAAGUAAUUCACUGUAAUGAUUGAAUAUAGGGCUUAUGCAU